AUGCCCCCAGUCGCCGUUACACUCUCUCACUGGCUCUCAGGGGUCUCUCUCCCUGGAAAGUAUGGUCUCUGUGCUGCUUUGGUCCUUUUUGCAUGGCUGUUUUAUCACAUUGGACGGGAUUGCCUGGUUUGGUCCCUGAAGUUGCAACGUGCCCUCUCUUGGAGGCGCUUCCUUCAGUCCCCGGUACCAAGCAUCCUGCAUCGUCUAGAUAUCCUGUCUUAUGUACAAUGCCUCCUAUUGGCCGCUCUCUUGACAUCGAAUGUCGUUGUUCUGGUCUUCGCUACUCAUUCUUUUGCCGAAGUGCAGAAAAGGGCCGGCUCAAUGGCCGUCAUCUACCUUGUCCCAUUAUUUGCCGGGCCCACAUUCAGCCAGGCAUCCAGUCUCUGUCGCUUGAGCCGGGAUAGCCUGGCGUGGGUCCACCGCUGGGUGGGCCGAGCAUGUCUAGUCCACUGCCUCCUCCACGGCACCAUGAUAGUAGAACUUGCCCGCCUGUCCACGCCAUUGUCGGGCCCUCUUUUGGCCGCAUUUGGGGCAAUCGUCAGCUUCCUCGCAAUGCUACCAAUUACACUUGCUGUAAUGCUCCGACGCCAUCCACAGCUUAUGCUCAAACUUCACUAUCUGCUGGCAGUCUGUGGUGCGGCUUGCCUCGCAUACCAUCUGCGAAUCACCCGGUCACUUUACUUCUGGGUGCUGGUCGGCGGUGCUAGCCUGUGGGCCGUGUCAUCCGGGGCUUUGUGGGCGCAGACUAUGUGCGCGCUUCACUCAUGGAGACACAUCCGGCUCCAAGCUGAGACAAAAGUAUCCAAACAACUCCUCUGGCUCGAAAUCUCGGUGCCCCUACAAUGGAAUAUCCAGGCCGGUCAGCAUGUUCAGCUGUGGAUGCCGCGCUCAGGGUAUCGCUCUUGCUUGCAUCUGCCGCUUCUCUAUGUGGCGAAUGUGGAAGAAAAGCAACAGCAAAAGAAUGGCACGCCCACUUCCUCCCGCCAACUGCACUUUCUCGUGCGGUAUCAACGAGGUCUCACCAAGAGACUCGCUUUAGAUGCGAUAAAGACCGAUUUUAGCUUCCCAGUGUUUAUGUUCGGACCAUUUGGACACCCGCCUUGCUUUGGAAACUAUGGUACCGUGUUGUUUGUGGUUGAAGAUAUAGGCCUGUUUCGAAUCCUACCCUUCAUUCGACACCUGGUUCUUGGCAGUCGCAGGAGGGAGACGGUGGUGCGGAAGCUGGAGAUUCUUUGGGCUGUAGAUUGGAGCAGUAUUGUUGAACUGGAGCUUCUUCCCGAACCUAUAGGGGUCGAGGUGUCUCUCUCGGCUAAUCAUGUUCCAGAUACCUUCCAGCGGUCCAAGUAUAAGUCGUGGAUCUGGGACAGCAUCCAGCAUCUUUUUGAACUCGACCGACAGCGUAAUCACGCUUCGGACUCUGGGGAUACGCAAGCCUCGGUGGGUUCAACGAGCAGUUCAGCGAGCAUAGGUCAGCAGCAAAUGGGGCUUGGUGCGACUGGGGGGUUUGAUAUUUUGCAAAUGAGAAUCUACUGUCCGGAUGCCCCUCAGGAGGCCCACGGACGAUUUCCGCAGUCAAGACGUAUUCAGUCUCUGUUUAAAGUCUUCAUCGCAGCAAGGGGGGUCGCGGAGUAUAUUGAUAACCAAUGCGGGAAAAUGAUAAUCGCUGUGUGUGCGGGUGGACUGAUCCGCAGGAACGUGGAACACGCGGCGCGACCAAACAUCAGCGAAGAUCUGCGCUUAGUCAACCUGUGUCUUGAGCCAGCCGCUGAGUGGACGGGUGAUGAGAUCUCAAGCAAGCCGCGAGAAACCACCAAGAAUCACCAUAGCGUAUCUUGCACUUCGCGGCCACCAGAGUCAUCUGAUAUGGGCAGGGGCUCCCCUUCAGUGACGAAGAAUGGCGCCUUUGAUCAUAACAAUUUCGUCAGGCAGAGAAUAGCCGAGGGAAGGAGGGUCUGA